UCACAACGUUACACCGGUUUAGCCUGUUAGCAUUGUUGUGUAUAAUAAAAACGACCAUAAGGACAGAAAAUAAAACCCAUUAACAGUCCGGUGGGGAGUAACAGUACUCGGGGGAUCAUGGCGACCGGUGCUGAUGUGAGAGACAUCCUGGAGCUGGCAGGAGGAGACGCUGAUACAGGACCGAUCAGCAAGAAGGACAUCAUCAACUCUGACAAGAAAAAGGCAAAGAAGAGCACAGAGACUUUGACGUUCAAGAGGCCGGAAGGAAUGCACAGAGAGGUCUACGCCCUGCUCUAUUCCGAUAAAAAAGAUGCCCCCCCUCUGUUGCCCAGCGACACCACUCAGGGUUACCGCACGGUGAAGGCCAAGCUGGGCUGUAAGAAGGUUCGGCCGUGGAAGUGGAUGCCCUUCACCAACCCGGCUCGUAAGGACGGCGCCAUCUUCCACCACUGGAGACGAGCUGUGGAGGAGGGCAAGGACUACCCCUUCGCCCGCUUUAAUAAAACGGUACAGGUACCGGUGUACUCUGAGCAGGAGUACCAGAUGUACUUACACGACGACGGCUGGACUAAAGCCGAGACGGAUCACCUGUUUGACCUGUGCAAGCGUUUCGACCUGCGCUUCAUCGUCAUCCACGACCGCUACGACCACCAGCAGUACAGAAAACGUUCUGUGGAGGAUCUGAAGGAACGUUAUUACAACAUUUGCGGGAAACUGACGAAGGUCCGCGCUCCGACCGGCACCGAACCUAAAGUCUACAUCUUUGACGCAGGACACGAGAGACGCAGGAAAGACCAGCUGGAGAGACUGUUUAACCGCACGCCUGAACAGGUGGCGGAGGAGGAGUACCUGAUCCAGGAGCUGAGGAAGAUCGAGUCACGCAAGAAGGAGAGGGAGAAGAAGGCGCAGGACCUGCAGAAGCUAAUCACGGCUGCCGACAGCACGACGGAGAUGCGGCGCGGCGACCGCAAGGCCACGAAGAAGAAACCGCCGCAGAAACGAGAGGCGGAGAAACCGACCGUACCUGAAACAGCAGGGAUCAAGUUCCCCGACUUCAAAUCAGCCGGCGUGUCUCUACGCAGCCAGAGGAUGAAGUUGCCGAGCUCUGUAGGACAGAAGAAGAUCAAAGCCAUUGAGCAGAUCCUUACAGAGCAAGAAGUGGACCUGAACCCCAUGCCCACAGAGGAGAUCGUGGCGAUGUUUAACGAGCUGCGCAGCGACCUGGUCCUGGUGUACGAGCUGAAGCAGGCGCACAGUAACUGCGAGUACGAGCAGCAGAUGCUGAGACACCGCUACGACGCUCUGCUUAAAGCAGGGGGCGCCGGCACGCCCCACAGCGACAGCACCGCCGGACCGGACUCUCAGAACUGGGCCGGAGUCGACGAGAUCAAGACCGAACCCAAAGAGCAGAUCAUAGACGUGGUAGGAGCGCCGCUCACGCCCAACUCGCGUAAACGCAGAGAGUCGGCCUCCAGCUCGUCCUCCGUCAAGAAGAUAAAGAAACCCUGACUCGGCGUCUCUCUGUCUCCGCUCUGACUCUAAGACUUGGAGAGCGUCCUCGAUCGUCCGCGUCGACGAGACGUCAGGAAACGAAUCGGCUCCAUCAGACCUGAAACUUAAAAAAUCAUAAACUUUUAGACGUAAACUGAUCUCUCAGUGAUGCCGCUGUUCCUCAUCGUCCGUAUGUUCAUCACCUUCCACUCGGGUAAACUGUGAACCGCAUCGGAAAAGGACAGAGACGGGACGAGGGAGGAGGAUCAGGACCGCGUGUGUUUCCGAUAUUAUAUCAUGUAUGUUAUAUUGUGAGUCCGUGUUGACACAACUUCCUGUCUUUUUCUUUUCGAGCCACACAGGACAGACGAAGCGCCCUCUACUGUCUGCCUGCUGCAUCCGCAACGGAAAAAAACGAGCUGUCGAGCUAACCAGCUUAAUAAAAGUCUGGCAUGUUCUUUCUUUAUACAUUAAAGUGUUUGUUUUGUAGUAUUAUGUGAUUUUUCACUGAUGUCACAAACACACGCGCACGUUCUGUUCCUUUACUUCUCCCAGGGUUACUUUUGUGUUUGUCGUCAGUGAACUGUUUAAUAAAGUGUAGAUGUUUUUAUA